AUGCAUACCAAAGGACGGGAUGACUUUGGUCAGUUCAUCCAAGAAUACUUGCGCCUUCUCGUCCUCUUUGAACAUGAGAACGAUGUCGUCUGCAUAUUCCAGAUCGACAAGGUUUUCUCCACAGGCUAUUUGAACACCAGGGCUUUGGAGACCUUCCAGCGUUCGUCUCAUGAUUUCAUCGAUCACGAAUUUAAACAAGAAUGGGGAGAGUGGGCACUCCUGACGGACACCAGGUUAUGUUCGGAAGCUUUUGGAGACGCCACCGAGCUCCUGGUCCGUAAGACCUCCCAUCCGCAUGGUUCAAAGAUGGAAGUGAAACCCUCAAUCAGCGCCUGUCUGAGCGUGCUUCCGAUUAUGACACCAGGAAACGAACAACGCCGUGAGCCGAGAAGACUGACGUUUCUCUUGUCAUUCGGACAAACCUUCACGGCCAACAAGCAGCUCUGGGUCAACGACGCCAAUCCAACAUGUGAAACUGCCCAAACGCGGAACUACGAACAGCCUCUAACCAACUUGAUCUUUACGGUGGAGGACAUUCGUCAACUCUCGCACAAGAUCAAUCCAUUCUGCAAGUUGGGGCUCGACGAGGUCCAUCUAAGGAUCCUGAAAGAAACGUCCUCCACACUGGCAAACCAUUUACACUUGGUGUUUCGUCAGUCGCUUGACGAAGGCCGCCUUCCCCCUGCUUGGAAGGAAGCGAUUGUCACGCCAAUAUACAAAACUGGUGACCGACUAUCGCCUGGCAGCUAUAGGCCUAUAAGCCUCACUAGCGUGCCGUGCAAGGGGAUGGAACGCAUUCUGAAGCAAGCCAUCCCAGAUCGCCUUACGCCCAGCAACCUGACAUCUCCAGCUCAACACGGAUUUCUCCCAAACCGUUCUUGCGUAACAAACAUGCUCGUGUUUAUGGACAGCUUAACCCAAACCAAGGACGAAGGACUCAUAUCGGAUGCCAUAUUUUUCGACUUCUCAAAAGCAUUUGAUAGGGUCACACACGUCCCGCUGCUUCAUAAACUCGAGUCUUACGGGAUUCAAGGAAAAAUCGUUCGCUGA